AUGGAGAGACUUACUUGGCUCUUCCUGGCCGCGGCUUGCUGCUUAACUAUGGUGGCAGCACUAACCAACAGUAGUCUCACUACAGAUGAGUCUGCUCUUCUUGCUCUCAAAGCUCGUAUCACCAGCGACCCUGGUAACAUCAUCUCCACUAAUUGGUCAACCACUACCCCUAUUUGCAACUGGGUUGGUAUUACUUGUGGUGCACGCCACUUUAGAGUCUCAGUCUUGAACCUCUCUUAUAUGGGACUCACGAGCACCAUUCCUCCGGAACUUGGCAACCUAUCGUUCCUUGUUGAGCUUAGCUUAAGAAACAACAGUUUUCAUGGUGCCAUGCCUUUGGAAUUGGGACGUUUGCACCGAUUGAAGCUCAUCAGUUUCAGAUUCAACAAUUUUAUGGGAGCCAUUCCAUCAUGGUUUGGUUCCUUAUCGAAACUCGAAACCUUCGACCUGUAUGGUAAUCAAUUUUCAGGUUCCAUACCUGCUGCCAUCUUCAACUUAACAGCUCUCCAAGUAAUCAGCCUGAGCAAUAACCAGCUAUCAGGUAGUAUACCAAGAGAAAUUGGAAACCUAACAAAGUUGAAGGAGAUAUACCUUGAUAAUAAUAAUUUCAGAGAAAUUCCAAACGAGAUUGGCAUCUUGAAUCAACUGGAGAAGUUGUUUGUGCAGUUCAAUGACUUGCAAGGGCAUGUUCCUCUUGCUGUCUUCAACAUGUCUUCUUUGAUCACUUUGACUUUCUAUAGAAACAGUUUGAAUGGUAGUCUUCCAAAGAAUAUAUAUCAACAUCUUCCUAGCAUUCAACAGUUGGAUUUGGCUUACAACCAGAUUGAUGGUCCAAUUCCAUCCAAUAUUGGCAACUUAACCCAGAUAAGGAUGAUUGACCUUGGCUGGAACUACUUGACAGGGACUAUACCACAUGAGAUUGGUCAUCUUCCAAGUUUAGAUAGAUUGGCCCUCGGAAUUAAUAAUCUCGAUGGCCUCAUCCCAUCCUCAAUCUUCAACAUUUCGACAAUAACACUGAUGGAUCUUCACGACAAUCAGCUCUCAGGCACCCUGCCAGCAAACGUAGGCCUUGGACUUCCAAACCUCAUAUUUUUGUUCAUAGGAGGAAAUACGCUUCGUGGAGUAUUCUCUAAAUCCAUCUCCAAUGCUUCUCAGCUCGUACGGCUAGAGCUUGGCUCAAACUUGUUUUCAGGCUUUAUUCCUAGUGAGCUAUGUGCCUUAACAAACCUUCGUCGGCUUACCUUACACCAGAAUAAUUUCACCAUUGAUACUUCUAGUCCAGGAGUAAAUUUUUUCUCUUGUUUGGCAAGUCUUAAAGAUCUGAGCACAUUAGCCUUGUCAGACAAUCCAUUAAACUCCAAGCUUUCGGUUUCCUUUAGUAAUCUCUCAGCAUCAGUUGAAUUCAUUUACUUAGCUGACUGCAACAUGAGAGGUAACAUCCCCAAUCAUGUAGGCAACUUGACCAACUUAACACUCUUAGACCUUGCAGAAAAUGAACUGAGUGGACCAAUUCCAACUUCACUGGGAAGAUUACCGAAUGUCCAACUUCUGGAUGUGCAUGGUAAUAAGUUGCAAGGACACAUUCCAGAUGAACUUUGUCAACUAAACCAUCUAAAUGAGUUGAGUCUGUAUGAGAAUCAACUUACUGGUGCCAUACCUGCCUGCUUGGGUAAUCUAAAUGCAGCUCUAAGAGGUCUAUUCUUACAGUCCAAUUUGUUAACAUCCACAAUACCAUCUACAUUGUGGGGGCUUACAGAUAUCUUUCGCUUAAAUCUUUCAUCCAAUUCUCUAGUUGGACCUCUUACAGAAGGUUUUGGCAAUUUGAAAGUUGUCACAGAUGUGGAUUUAUCAAACAACCAAUUAUCCGGUAGCAUACCAAGUAGUAUUGAGAGUCUACAAAAUUUGGUCAAUCUGUCCUUGGCAAGUAAUAAUUUAGAAGGCCUUAUUCCUAGUUCGUUUGGGAACAUGUUAAGCUUAGAACGUCUGGAUUUAUCCCAGAACAAUCUAUCUGGAAUGAUUCCAAAGUCUCUCGAAGCACUCUCAUAUCUCAAGUAUCUGAACUUGUCUUUCAACAAACUCCAAGGAGAAAUUCCAACAGGCGGACCUUUCACAAACUUGUCUGCUCAAUCGUUUGUUUCAAACCGUGGACUCUGUGGUGUAUACCGAUUUCAUGUUCAACCAUGCAGAAAGAAAAGUGGUACAUCUAUCUUGAGAUAUGUUAUUCCAGGGAUCUUGUCAGCAAUGUUUCUUUUGAUCUCCAUAAUUUGGUUGAUGCUACGAAAAAAUAAGAAUGUGGAAGCUACAAUAGAAACUUCCUACUGGCCUCAACCCCUAUACAGAAGGGUUUCAUACCAUGAGCUUCUAACUGCAACAAAUGGAUUCAGUGUGAGCAACUUACUUGGCAUUGGCAGUUUUGGCUCAGUUUAUAGAGGAACAUUCUCAGACGGAGUAGAUGUGGCCAUAAAGGUUUUGAAUUUAGAAACAGAAGGGGCUUUUACAAGUUUUGAUGUUGAAUGUGAAAUGCUAAGCAAUAUUCGUCACCGAAAUCUUAUCAGAAUCAUCAGUUGCUGCUCUCAAAAUGAUUUCAAAGCUCUUAUACUGAAUUACAUGCCUAAUGGGAGCCUGGAGAAGUGGUUGUAUUCUCAUAACUGUUCUUUGAACUUGCUGAAAAGGUUGGAUAUCAUGAUAGAUGUUGCAUCAGCUUUGGAGUAUCUUCAUCAUGAUUAUGAAACACCUAUUGUUCAUUGUGACUUGAAGCCCAACAAUAUUUUACUAGAUGAUGACAUGGUUGCACAUGUUGCUGAUUUUGGCAUAGCAAAACUAUUAGGCACAGGAGAUUCUAUGACUCAAACGAUGACGCUAGCGACCAUUGGUUAUAUGGCUCCAGAGUACGGAAGAGAAGGGAUUGUCACUAGAAGAGGGGAUGUGUAUAGUUUUGGGAUUGUAUUGAUGGAAACAUUCACAAGAAGGAAGCCAACAGAUGAAAUGUUUGUUGGGGAGAUGAGUUUAAAGCAAUGGGUUGCAAACUCACUAUUUGCAGAUGCAAUAGCUAAAGUUGUUGAUACCAAUCUACUUGGAACACAGGAAGAUAAUGAUACUGUUAGGAAGGAGUGUUUAGCAUCCAUUAUGCGAUUGGCUCUUUCAUGUUCUGCCGAAUCAUCAGAAGAGAGGUUAAAUAUGCAAGAGGCUCUAGCCACUCUUCAGAAAAUCAAGGUCAAGUUUUUGAAGGACAGGGAAGGAAAUGUGCUGUUGAACCGCCCUCUUAUUCACAAGAGCUUUAAUUGA